AUGAAAAUUACCUAAUUAAUUUAGAAAUUGGCAGCUAAAUAAGUAAAAUUAUAUAUUUAUUGAGUAUAUUUAUUAUAAUAAAAAAUAGAAUAAAGUAAUUUAAUAAUGUCGAAAAAAAGGACUCCAUCGAGAUUUGCAGACACACAUUAUUAAUAAUGUCCAAUCAUAAGAGAGUGAAAUUUAAAAGGAUAUUAAAUAAUAAUUAUAUGAUGAAUUAAUGAAGCCUUAGAAUUUAAAUAAAUAAUGGUACAAAUGAAAUAAGAGGCUAAAUAUUAAGAAUAAGUUAUUUAAAUGGAAAUUGUAAAAAAUAGAAGAAGAAUAGAAGAGAUUAGCAGCAAAAUUAGAGGAAUUAAUAAAUAACCCAACUUUUGAUGAAUAUGAAGAGAAAAAUAAAUUGAUAGCUUUAAAGAGAAGAAUUGAAUAAGAUUAUAAAUUGAUAAAUUGA